CGCGGGAGGGAGGGAGAGAUGCGGGGAUGGAGAGAUGGAGGGAUGCAGGGAUAGGGGGAUGCAGGGAUGCUCGUGGUCCCCGCCGACCCCCGUCCCGUCCCCGGGGUUCCCUGGCGGGCAGAGGUGUUUGCGGGACCCCCGGUCCGUCCCUGCCCCGCGUGGGUACCGCAGGUUCUCCUGCCCCCGCACCCGCGGGACCCGCGUCCCCGCCGCGCUCAGCCCGUCCCGGCUCCCGCUGGCCCCGCCGAUCCCUGCGUGUCCCGGGGAAGCUCCGGCGGGAGGUGCGGGGGGAUGUGACACGCAGCUGUCACAGGUGAGCUCACCCCUCGGGUCCCAGCGCAUUUUGUCACCGUAACCCUGUCCUGCUUUUCCAGGGCUCCGGACGCUGAGCUGCCGUCCCGGUGCUGGGACCAGGGCACCUGGAGUGGGGCUGUGCCAGAACCAGAAGGGCCAAACACUAAUUCCUGCAUCGCCCGGCUUGCUUUUAAUGCAAAACCUUAGGAGCCACAUUUCUGCCUCUCUGCAACUGCCAGCGCUGUUUGCUGGAUUCCUCAAAAAGGGAGCAACCUGCCUUAUCUCUCUUGCUCACCCAGCCACUGGUCAGAGACUCUGCCACACACCAGUCCCUGCAGGAGAAAGAUCUGCACUGGGAAGAAGACACAUUUCCAGCUCCUCUUGCCACUGUGGUCUCUGAAGCUCCUGUGUUACAGUGUUCCUGGGUCCACCCCUUCUCUCCCAAGAUGCUGGGAAGGGUCCUGUGUGCAGCGUUGGUCAUGGGAGCCUUGCAGUCCCUGGCUAAGGCAUCCCAGGGCCACAUCUCCGUGGUCCUGCUGGGAGCCACGGGUGAUUUGGCCAAGAAGUAUUUGUGGCAGGGUCUGUUCCAGCUCUACAUGGACCAAGUGAGCAAUGGCCACAGCUUCACGUUCCACGGGGCCGCACUGACAGCUCAGGAGCCAGGGGAGAGGCUGAUGUUUGAGGUGCUGAAGAAGCUGUCCUGCCCCCCGGACGAGGCUCCCAACAGGUGUGCUGUGCUCAAGGACCAGUUCCUGAAGCUGAGCCAGUACCACCAGCUGAGUAGUGCCGAGAACUACACUGCCCUGAGCAGGGAGAUCGAGGCCCUGCUGCGCCAGGAGGGGCUGAAGGAGGCUGGGAGGAUCUUCUACUUCUCAGUGCCACCCUUCGCCUACACGGAGAUCGCCCGCCACAUCAACAGCAGCUGCAGGCCUCCCCCGGGGGCCUGGCUGAGGGUAGUGCUGGAGAAACCCUUUGGCCAUGACCUGGAGUCGGCCCAGCAGUUGGCUGCAGAGCUGACGGGCUUCUUCAGGGAGGAGGAGAUGUACCGGGUGGACCACUACCUUGGCAAACAGGCUGUAGCCCAUAUCCUGCCUUUUCGAGAUCAGAACCGACAGUUUCUGGAUCCCAUUUGGAACCGACUUCAUGUGGAAAGAGUGGAGAUUGUCCUGAAGGAGACUGUGGAUGCUAAAGGCCGCACCAGCUUCUACGAGCAGUACGGGGUCAUCCGGGACGUGCUGCAGAACCACCUCACAGAGGCCCUGAUGUUCCUCAUCAUGGAGCUGCCAGCCAACGUGAGCAGGACAGAAGAGGUUUUGCAGCACAAGCUGCAGAGCUUCCAGUCCUUGUGGGGCCUGGAGAAGAACAGUGCCGUGCUGGGCCAGUACCAGGCGUACGCCAGCCAGGCCCAGGAGGAGCUGCAGCAGGCACAGGACUACGUCAGCACGACACCAACCUUUGCAGGUGUGCUGAUCCGCAGUGACAGCCUGCGGUGGGAAGGGGUCCCUUUCCUCCUCACCUCUGGGAAGGCUCUGGAUGAACGGGUAGGUUAUGCCCGUGUUCUCUUCAAGAACAGGGCCUACUGCACUCAGAGUGAGACUCUGAGGGAUGCAGGGCACAGCCAGUGUAAAGCCAAGCAGAUCAUCUUCUACUUCGGGCACGGGGCCCUCAAUACCCCUGCAGUGCUUGUGAGCAGGAACCUUUUCCGACCUGUCAUGCCCAAAGACAGUUGGAAAGAAGCCGUGGCCCGGUCGGACCUGCACAUUUUUGGACAACCACUGUCUGAUUACUAUGUGUACAGCCCUGUGAAAGAGAGAGAUGCGUAUUCUGUCCUCAUCUCCAACAUCUACCACGGCAGGAAGGAUUUCUUCAUCACCACGGAGAACCUGCUGGCCUCCUGGGCCUUCUGGACGCCGCUGCUGGACAGCAUCUCCCACCAGCCCCUGCGCCUCUACCCCGGGGGCGUGGAGAACCAGCACCUCCUCGACUUUGAGAUGGUGAGUGGGGGACUGGCAUUCACCCUGGCAGAGCCAGCGGAGCUGCUGAGCCCCACCAGGCACAUGCCAAGUGAUUACAAGGCAAUCCAGUCCAAAUAUCGGCAGAGCCCCCUGGUCUCGGCGUGGUCCGAGGACCUGAUUUCCCAGCUGGCUUCCGACAUGGAGGAGGCAGCAGUCAGGAGCGUGGCACACUCCGGGCAGUUCCACCUGGCCCUCUCAGGGGGCUCAAGCCCAGUGAUCCUGUUCCAGAGGCUGGCAAGGCACCACUACGCCUUCCCCUGGAAGCACACCCACAUCUGGCUGGUGGACGAGCGCUGUGUCCCCCUCACCGACAGCGAGUCCAACUUCUUCAGCCUGCACAGCCACCUCCUGCAGAGCGUCAGGGUGCCCUACUUCAACAUCCACCCCAUGCCCGUGCACCUGAACCGGCGGCUCUGCGUGGAGGAGGACAGAGGCACAGAGCUCUAUGCCAAGGACAUCGUGGCCCUGGUGGCCAAUGCCAGCUUCGACCUGGUGCUGCUGGGGGUGGGCACCGACGGCCACACGGCCUCGCUCUUCCCCCGCUCGGAGAACGGGCUGGAAGGGGCUCCCACUGUGGUGCUGACUGAGAGCCCUGUCAAACCUCACCAGAGGAUGAGCCUUAGCCUACCCCUCAUCAACAAGGCCAGGCGGGUGUUUGUCCUGGUUUUGGGGAAGGGGAAGCACGACAUCACCACCCUGCUGAGCAGGGUGGGCCACGAGCCAACAAAGUGGCCGAUCUCGGGCGUCAGCCCCAGCUCUGGCCAGCUGGUCUGGUACGUGGAUUAUGAAGCUCUACUUGGGUGAUGCCUUCACAGUGUCCCUCCUCCCUUGUCUGCGUGGCCUUUACAGCCUGGAUUUUCCUACACAACGUCCAUGUUUUUCUGUUGCCAGCGGCAGCUUCAUCUCUGACGGGCUCCUCAGAGCUUCUGGGAUAUCCGUGGCCUGCAGCGCCUCUGACAUUUGAGCCUGAAGGGAGCUGGGCUCAGUGUUCAGAGCUCAGGAGGAGCCAGUGCAGCAUUUUUGGCUCUGCCAGGGAUUCUGACUGUGACUUUGGACAAAUUACCUCACCCUGAAGUGCCUCAGUUUUCCUGUAAGGCGUUUUUGCUUAUUGGCAUUUAACUACCUCGCAGGCACUACGGGAGACUUGUUAAAUUACCUGCCAAAUUUUUUAAAAAUUUCAUGUAAUUCUCAGGAUAAGAGGCAAUAAUAACAUGUUCAUCCUGUGCCCUGCUCAGUCUGGCUGGGCCAGAGUCCUUGUCUCAGUGAAAGGAGGGUUGUGUGCACAGGGGUCUGGUGUCAGCCAGGCUCUGACUGUGCCCUCCUGGGAGCACGUUUGGCUUUUGUGCCAUGUGGCCCCUAAAUUCUGACACUGAUUUGUGAGCUCACUGCAGUCCUGAGCCUUUGCAACCUGCCCAGCAGCAGAGGCUGAGUUUAGAAGCACUAAUUUGCUGCUUUCAUUAAGUGGAUGGCUGAUACAGGGGGGAUGGGGAAGGAAGAGAAACUGCUUUUCAGGCUGUUAAAAUAAUGGGGACAGGGUGAGGAAUAUGGCAGCUCACAGAGCUGUUGUUUGCCAACAGUGCAAUAAUUAUUGAGGGAAAAGCUUGGUGUUCAGAGGAGUUGGUGGGUUUAGCUAGCAAAAAAAUGUUUUCUUUAGCUGUCUUUGCCUCAUUCUCUGAAAUUAACUUUUCUCUGUCCUCAGAAUUGAAGCUUGAAGUGUCAUGUGGUGGCUUGUAAAAUUUCUGUGGGAGGCAACUUUAUAAACUCCCAACAUAUCCAUGAGUACAGCACACACUAAGGUGGAUCCACUGUUUGCAGAUGGUGGUGGUGGUGUUUGAACUUGUGGGCACUGACUUACAAGGGAGGGGAUUUUCUCUGUACACAUCCCUUAAGGCACACGGAACCAGCAAAGUGCACCUCUGACAGCACAACAUGAGCUGGUUGUAGAAAUGUGUAGUUCUGCUGCUCACAGGGAGGGUUGGAGACAUCCAGUCCUACCCAUAGACCCCAUUGUCCCCUUCCUAAUCUUCUAAUUUUCACCUUCCCAGGAUGCUGCCACGCACGAGGGGUGCCCUGUGCUUUCAAGGUAUCCCCAAAUGCUCCAUGAUCUCCAGCGGGUUAUUUACCUUUGGAUUAGUGCCUUAACUGGUCUGGUUUGACAGCUGGGGUGGCUGGUUAUCCCUCCUUUGUGGGUGCCUGUGACUAAGUUUGUUCCUGCCUGUGUCCUGGUUGCAGGCAGGAUUAACCUGAGGGUGAAACUAAACCCCAGGGGAGGAGAGGAGAACAGGGAGCAGGAGGAAGGUGAGCUUUGCAGGCUUUGCUGUGGGACUUGCUUGGCCAGUGGAGUCUGGAAUAAGAGCACAUGUCCAGGAGUUCAUUGGAAUAACCCUCUUUGUAGAGGAGUGGUAGCAAACAGUGCUUCCAGAAUGUACCACAGUGGCUGGAACAGCUGUGCUGAGGAACAGGGUUUGGGUCUGGUACAUCCAUCAGUCCCAACAUCAUUUUUUAUUUUUAAAC